UAUUAAGAAUGCAAUCAUGUAUAAUGGUGGUGUCUUUAAUUUUGAGGGGAUUAUCUUUUGUCUAUUAAAUUCUUAUCUUGGAAGUGGUAUGUUUUAGAUUGCAAAAGUCAUUUUAAAAAUGAUUUUUUAAACUGGUUUAACUGUCCUCUAAGCUGUAUUGGUAGAUAAUUAAGGAGUUUUUCGCUAUUAAUGUAAGGGUUAGAGUAUCCCUUAUACUCUUUCAUGAAAUGAUCAUUGCUUAUAAAAAGAAAAAUUAAAGAAGGUAAGAUUUGUAAUUUUGUAAAGACAAAAGGAGGUAGGGUGGGGUGAAAAUGAUGUUUUCAAGGUGUAGUUAGCAAGCCACGAACUAGCACUAAAGGAAUAAAUAAACUUGGCCCACUCAGGCCAUGCUGAAGCAGGCGAUGUGGGUGGGAUCCGGAUCCGGAUGCUAUAUCCACCACCACCACUACCACCAUUUCAGAAACCCGUGCAACCUGCCACCCAGCUCAACCUCACCCGCCGCCGUAGCCAUGUCAGCGUCUCCCCAAAGCAAACAAUCUCAUAUUUCCGUAAAUACCCCUAUAAUCGCCGAGAGUUACCCUAUACCAUUAUCCCCUCCACUUCCCGCAAUCUCAAAACAAAUCGAACUAAACAGAGCCACAAUCGCUUCUUCAAACUCAGACCUCUUCUCCCUCUCUAAAACCCACACCAUCUACGAAGACGAAUGGCUCCUCGCAGUCAACAAACCCCAAGGAAUCUACUGCGACAGCGUUCUCUCCUCCCUUCAAUCACAAAAAACCGCACCGCCGGAGCUUCAUCUCGCUAAUCGACUCGACCGCGACACAAGCGGCGUUAUGCUUAUAACAAAAUCACACAAGGUAGCUUCAAAUCUCGUCAAAGCCUUCACCGAUCACAAAGUCAAGAAAACCUACAUCGCUCUCUGCACCGGCGUUGCACCUGAUUGGGAAACAAUAACCGUCAGAUCCGGUCACGGUAGGUCAAAAUUCGGCGCGUGGAGAGUUUACGCUUUUUCCGACGCCGGUCGCGGGUUACCGGGUGGAUCGGGUGUACGUGAAAUGGAAACUUCUUUCGAGGUUUUAUCCAUUAACGGAAAAGGGAGUUUCAGGGAGGUUUGUGAAUCGGAGUUUGAAGGGAGUAGUGUGGUUGUCGUUGAAGAAAAGGGGGUGAAAAUGGACGGUGGUGAUGGGAAUGAGAUAGUGGUGAGGGCUUAUCCUCGGAGUGGAAGAACGCAUCAGAUUCGGUUGCAUUGUCAAUAUUUAGGGAUUUCAAUAAUUGGAGACGUGAAAUAUGAAGGUGCUUAUGAAUGGAAAGGUAGGGUUCAUGAUGGUCAUCACCUUCAUGCUGAAACGCUGUCAUUCGAUCAUCCUGUUACUGGUAUUCGUGUUAUGCUGCGUGCACCACUUCCUCAAUGGGUGAACCAGGCGUUUGCAAAUAGUACUAACAUAGACUCUGUACACGAGAAAAGCUAGUUGCAGAUUGUUCAUAUAUGUACUAGUAUGUCAUGGAUGAUUUUAAGGUUCUUGUUGUCUGUGUUUGUGUCAAGAAUAGCUCUGUCUCUGUUUAAAAUGUUUUAGCUAAGAGUUCAUUGAA